UUGAUUUUGAAUUUAUCUUAACUUUGGUAUCGGUACUAUGUGGUGUGAUACCGGCACUAACCGGACAUAUACGGUUUUAGUUUUAGCUAAAUUUCGGCAUCGAUAUUGUGUUGUACGUACCGGUACCGAUCUCACAACUAUAUGAUUUCUGGUUUUAUGAUCUGAUUUUUCAUUACUUGAAUUUGCGUAUGAUACUGGCACUGACUGAACAUAUAUGAGAUGGAGACCUUCCUAUUCACAUCCGAGUCGGUCAACGAAGGACACCCAGACAAACUCUGCGAUCAAGUCUCGGACGCCAUUCUCGACGCAUGUCUAGAACAAGAUCCCGAAAGCAAAGUGGCCUGCGAAACAUGCACGAAGACGAAUAUGGUUAUGGUCUUUGGUGAGAUCACCACAAAGGCUAAUGUCGACUACGAAAAGAUCGUCCGUACAACUUGUAGAAACAUCGGGUUCACGUCUCCGGAAGUCGGGCUCGACGCUGACAACUGCAACGUUCUAGUCUACAUCGAGCAACAAAGCCCGGAUAUCGCUCAGGGUGUGCACGGACACCUCAGCAAGAAGCCGGAAGAGAUUGGGGCCGGUGAUCAAGGUCACAUGUUUGGUUAUGCAACCGAUGAAACUCCUGAGCUUAUGCCGCUAACACACGUGUUAGCGACUCAGCUCGGGGCUAAACUAACCGAGGUUAGAAAGAACAAGACUUGCCCAUGGCUCAGACCCGAUGGAAAGACCCAAGUGACGGUUGAGUACCGAAACGACAACGGUGCUAUGGUACCAAUCCGGGUUCACACGGUUCUCAUCUCUACACAACAUGACGAGACCGUGACUAACGACCAAAUCGCGGCUGAUCUCAAAGAGCACGUGAUCAAGCCCGUGAUCCCGUCUAAGUAUCUUGAUGAAAACACUAUCUUCCACUUAAACCCGUCUGGCCGGUUUGUGAUUGGUGGUCCCCACGGUGACGCGGGUCUCACCGGAAGGAAGAUUAUAAUCGACACGUACGGUGGAUGGGGAGCUCACGGCGGCGGCGCGUUCUCCGGGAAGGACCCGACGAAAGUGGAUAGGAGCGGGGCUUAUAUUGUUCGGCAAGCGGCCAAGAGCGUAGUGGCUUCGGGGCUCGCACGCAGGUGCAUUGUUCAGGUUUCUUACGCUAUUGGUGUGGCCGAACCGUUGUCUGUGUUUGUCGACACGUACAAAACCGGAAAGAUCCCGGAUAAGGAUAUCCUUGCUCUGAUCAAGGAGAAUUUCGACUUUAGGCCCGGGAUGAUGGCGAUUAACCUCGACUUGAAGAGGGGUGGCAAUUACAGGUACCAGAAGACCGCCGCGUAUGGUCAUUUUGGUCGUGACGAUCCCGAUUUCACCUGGGAGACUCCGAAGAUUCUCAAACCGAAAGCUUGAGUAAAACGACACUUUUACGGUUUUACCCCUCGGAUCGGAACUUUGGUUUAUGGUUAUCUCUUUUGUUUUGUUUGAUUGGAAAUGUGUGUAUGUUUUCUAUUAUAUAAACUAUAAAGCAAUUCCAUUUGAUUUAAAAUAGUUUAUGUUAUGAAGAUUACAUAAAUAAAAGUGACUUGCAUUGCAACA